GUCGCAGCUAGUCCGGAACCUCUAUCGCGGAGUCGGACCGAAUGUGCUAGGGAGCACCACCGCCUGGGGUCUGUAUUUUAGCUUCUACAGAGAGUACAAAAAUAUGGUUUUCAGCAUGUACGUUGGCGGCUCUGGCGAUGCAGAUCGGUCGCUGAGCUCGUCGCAGUACUUGCUGUGCGCCUUUGCUGCCGGAUGGACCACAUCUUUCUUCACGAACCCGAUCUGGGUGAUCAAAACGAGAAUGAUCUCCACGUCGCGCACGACACCGGGGGCCUAUAUCUCGAUUGUGGACGGGUUCAGGCAGAUUUACCGUCACGAGGGCAUAUUUGGGUUUUAUAGAGGGUUGUCACCGGCUCUGUUGAGCGUCUCGCAGGGUGCUCUGCAGUUUUCGAUCUACGACACGGUGAAAAACCAUAUUUUAACGACGUCGUCGCACAUGAGCGCUGCGCAGUACCUGUGUGCGAGCGCGGUGUCGAAAAUGGUAUCCACAAUAGUUUUUUACCCGCUGCAGGUGAUACGAUCGCGACUCCAGAUCAACAGAGGUCGAUACGGUUUGGUCUCUGCUGCCACCGAGGUGUUUGAGCGCGAGGGCUUCUUUGGCUUUUAUAAAGGACUGUUCGCAAAUCUGAUACGCGUGGUGCCGGCCACAUGCGUCACUUUUGCCGUCUACGAGAACAUGAAAUGGGCUCUCCGUGACAUUUAUAUAUGAUGGCCACGUCGUGUGCCUCUGCUAAAAUUAUC